UUAAACGACAUCGUCAUCGGUCUGAACAUGUAGUUGGAGAUUAAUUAGAAAGUAUGUGUAUACGCCUCCUUUUUAAGUUGUGCGUUUAUUACAAGUUGAUAUUAAAUUAGUUAAGAGACGGGAACUGACCAAUGAAUUAUGUUUUCGAAGUAUAUAUAUUGUUUACUUCUUAUUGUCCUACAACACACAGGUUCAGUUCAAAGUAUAUACAAACGAUGGAAACCAAACACUAACUUUGAGAAUCCAAACAACUGGAAUGUUGGACGUGUACCAUGUGGUAGCGACAUUGUUAAGUUUGCAACUGGCGAUGCACUAAGUCCUACUGUUUACAUUCAAACCAAUACAACAAUAAAGGAACUGUGGCUUCCAAUGAAUGGCGAGCUGAUAUUUGGCGAUAAUUCGAUUCUAAGUUUCACAGAUACGGCAACAGAUGAUGCGAAUUGUCCCGAUGCUGAUGGAGAGCUGGAAUAUAUUCGUGGACCAAAAGAAUGGGUUGAUCCGGACAACUGGUGUUAUUCUCAAACAGAACGUGGUGACUGCCAGGAUAUACCCUUACUGGAUUCUGAGAAAGUUCCUGGUCUUUAUGACGAUGUUGUAUUUCCUCCCGAGAAAUCUUUCUUUGUUACAUUAGGAGUGAAUAUGGCAUUUAAAGUCAAAUCUCUAAAGAUAUCUGGAAGCUCCCUGUCAACCAGUUCGUUCAAAAGUUUUGUACAGAGUGCUGACGGUUCCAGGAUGUUCCCGCCUCCAAAUCAAGGAGCUGGUGUCUUGUCAUCAGUGACUAUAUCACGUACUAAGUGUAAAACACCAAAAUCUGGAUGUGCAUCUGGAAACGACCAAGGGCAGAUAUUAGAUGAGAUAUGUAAGAUAUAUAAAGACAGAUGUAAUAGAGCGAGAUGUCAAUCAUCUCUUACACCAUUAGCUUCAUGUUGUCAAAUAUGUGGUGGCCUGUUCAACGUUACAAUUGAUACUGGAUUUAAUAUCACAGAGUUUGAAAACAUCUUACAAACACAGUUUCUAUCUGGAAAGACUGGUACAGAGAUGAUUGUAUCUAGAUUAAGUAUAAAGGAGAAUUUGGUACAGCUGGUCAUUAGAGAUAAAACAGGUGAAGUCAGCACUAAAACAGCUAUGGACAUUAAAAAUGACAUGGACAAAGAUUUAUCUCAGGGUGGACAUAAGUACGCUAUAUCUUCUGUAUCCUUAGCUGUAUCCGGGGCUGGUAUUGGACCUAAUGGACCAUCCGCUAACACAGGCAAACUCGGUGGAGGUGGUAUAACGGGCAUCGUGAUUGGUAUAAUGAUAGCUGUUGCUAUAGUUUUACUGGUACUCUACCUUCUCAACGAAAAUAAUCGAAGAAAUCUGAGGAAUAGAAUGAGUCGACUGACACAACCGACUAGCAACGUCACAAUGGGUGGAGGAAACCCCAUCACAAGAAGAAUCCAAACUCUUAGACACAACUUCAACCGUGGUGAUGAUGAUUUACAUUCUAUUGGUACAGAACUGGGCACUAUUAACACCUCAUUUGAAAAUCAAAUGUACGGUGAACCUUUAGACGACAGAAAUAUACAAGAUUUUCACUUGUCUUUGAGUGAAACUCAACCAGCAACUUUUGAUAGCAGUGGUUUUGACAAUCCUCUUUAUGACACUAAGGAACCAGCAAGUACUGGAAAAGAGUCGUCUAAAAAGAAAAAGAAAGACGCCGGUGAUAGCGGACAUUUGUAAAGGGAUAAAAACUAGAUUAAUAAAAACACAUAGAUUAUCACAAUUA